CUUCUCUGUCUUUCUCUCUCUUAUUGGUGUGUGCAUGAAACAAUCAUCGAUGUUUUCACGCCACGUAUGUAAAGCAAUUAAUAUUCUUUUUGGACCACCGACUAAAAUUGGAAUAGAAGGAAUAAAGUAAUAGGCCACCGACUUAUUCGUUUAUCUUACGAGUGCCAAUGAUUCUAAUCUCAGUUCCUGAAUCAGAUAAAACUCACAUCUCCCGCAGAAACCCUGCUCUUCCCGGGAGAUUUCAAUAACAGGUGCGCAUGGCUGCGGAAUUCGCAGCUGAAGUAUGCAGAUCAUGAAUUACGCAGAUUACACGGCCAUCCCCUUGUGGGGAUGGGUCCUUACUCUUUCGGCUGGAUUGGUAGUCUUAGGAAUCGUGAUUUCCAUACUCAGGCCUCGAGCUGCGCAGCUCAAUCUGCCACCGUGCCCUGGGGUGUAUCCCAUCGUCGGAUCCUUGCCUCUGCUGGGAGCAAUCCCGGGUGAGCCAGCCCAUCACAUGUUCAAACGGCUGGCGGACAAAUAUGGCUCCUUGGUCUACCUGAGAAUGGGAUCGUGUCCGACGGUGAUUGUGUCCGACAGUGAAUUCGCCAAAUUGGUUCUCAAGGACCAGGAUCAUGUUUUCGCCUCGAGGCCUCUCCUGGCGUCCGGGAAGUACAUCGGCAUGAAUUUCGAGAGCUUGGUGUUCUCACCCAUGGGGAACCAUUACAAGAAGCUGAGCAAGAUUUACAGCUCCGAGCUUCUGUCUCCGCGACGUGUGAUGGAGAGCCAGGGCGUCCGGGAGAAUGGCAUGCGUGCCACCGUGAAGUCGAUUUACCGGCACGCGAUCGAGGGUCCGGCCGUCAAGCUUUCGAGCGAGCUGCACGCGCUGGGUCUAAACAUCAUGUUGGACAUGAUCUUCGGCAAGGAUCGAGACAAGCUGGAGGUCGGCGGCGGGGAGAGACUGAGCAUGGACGAGCUCAAGGACGUGGUGAGGGAGUCGCUUGAGGUCGCGGCGGAGUUCGAUUUCGGCGAGUACAUUCCCAUCGCUCGGUACCUGGACUUGACGGGGAUCAUCCGCCGCAUGAAGAGCAUCCAAAGCCGCAUGAGAAACGUCGCCGCGAAACUGAUCGCCGAGCACAUCCAGCGUCGUAAGAUCACGGGCGAGGCCAUGGAGCCCCAAGACAUCGCCGUCCUCGACGUUCUCCUCUCUCUGAAGGACGAAAACGGGCUCUCCGACGAUGCCGUCACUGGCGCUCUAUUUGACAUGAUCGUCGCGGGGAGCGACACGACGUCGCUGUCGGCGGACUGGGCGAUCGCGGAGCUGACGAGGAAUCCAGAGCUGAUGAAGAAGCUGCAGGACGAGGCGGACAGAGUCGUAGGGAGGGAUCGAUCCGUGAAGGAGUCGGAUCUCCCGAAGAUGAAGUAUUUGCAGUGCGUGGUCAAGGAGUCGAUGCGGAUUCACUCGCCCACUCCGCUGGCCAUCCCUCACUGCAGCGUGCAGGCGACCAAGCUCGGAGGCUACGACAUCCCCGCGGGCUGCACCGUGCUCAUGAACCUCUGGGCCAUCAACCGGGACCCCAAGAAUUGGCCCGAGCCGCACAAGUUCAAGCCCGAGCGCUUCGAGAACCACGACACCAACAUCUUCGGCCAGGACUUCACGCUGCUGCCAUUCUCGGCCGGGCGGCGCGGCUGCUCCGGCAUGCUGCUCGGGUUCACCAUGGUGCAGCUCAUCGUGGCCACCCUCGUCCACAGCUUCGACCUGCGGCCUCACGGAAUGGAGGCCUCCGAGGUCGAUGUGAUUUCUGAGAAGCCCGGGUUGACUCUGAUCAGGCCUUACGAACAGCUCGUAGAAGCGCGCCCCCGCUUGCCUCUCCACCUCUACAAUUGAAUGAGCUUCAGAUGACCCCGCCCCGGGACGAAGAAGUUCCGGUACGAUGGCAGUCACCAUUUUGCGCGCAUGCUGCACGUUCGUUUAUUUAUUUGAUUCCUGUGGGAAGAGCUCGUUCAUGGAUCACGCGACGAGUUGGGAAGGGAGUGGAAGCAUUGCAAAAUUCUCGUUUUCGCUAUCCUGGGCAUUCCUUCUGAGCCGUCUUCGCCCAUCGUCAUAAAUCGAUUGAUGCUCCAGGAUCGGAGCCAUGGCGAUUGAGAUUUGUACCCUGGAUCCAGAAACUGCAUGGUGCGUCUUAAAGACCUCCAGCAGUCCGAUCGAAGGGAGGUCUCAGUCCAGGGGAUGAGCUCUUGCUGAGCGACCACAAAAUAACGAUUCAAUCAAGACGUACCUCCUUGUCUUCUCCGGACGAUUCGGAUUUCAAAACGGACUCCUUGAAUGAUUGAUUCUAAUGGAGCUCUUUGCCUCAUAGACCCCGCAUGAAGCAAGCGAGUAUUAGCAAGACAGUUUGUCCAAACGAGUUUUCCAUGGCUCCAAACUGCGAGUGAACGCUCGCAACGCAACGCAACCAACACCCGUCGCUCUUCUCGUCGUGAUCCUGAGCUUGCGGGCAUUUGCAAGCUCCGGUACGUGGAAUGGUUGGUGCUUUCAGCCAGUCUCGAUGUUCAUGUUGUCUGCACAUUUUUAGCAAUUCCUGCAGACGCGGCAUGUGCAACGAGCCUCCUGUAGCGUUCGAGCUUUAUAGGUACCAGUAGGUUGGGCUCUGUGCAAGUUACUUUCGCAUUGUUAUGUUACAUUCAUCAGAUCAAACAAUGGCUCGCUCGUAUGAUCUGAAGCAACGAAGUUCUUUCCUCAGGAACGAAAAUAACUAAACCCAGGCAGGCAUGUGCCAUCUCUGUAUAUAUUGUUUAUAAAAUAAAAAAUUCAAACAUACCAGUU